AUGGAGCUUACCGCUUUUGACAUUGAGUAUAAGCCACGGCCCGCUAUUAAGGCACAGUCGUUGGCGAACUUUAUUGCCGAAAGGAUAGGGAUUCCCAAAGAAGCGGAGGAAAACCAGAAACCAUGGACAGUGGCUGUAGAUGGGAGCUCCACCUCAAGUGGCAGAGGAGCAGGAUUAAUGGUAAAAAGCCCCGAAGGGGAGAUAUGGCCUUAUGCUUUACAUUUUGAAUUCCGAGUAUCCAACAACGAGGCAGAGUAUGAAGCUUUGUUGGCAGGGUUGAGAUUGGCUGAGCAAUUGGGAGCUCAAAGAGUUGAGUUGAGUUCAGAUUCCAAUCUAGUGGUGCAACAGGUGGAAUACGUUCCCUGGACUAUGAAUGCGGAGGCAGACCUGUUGUCUCGAAUUGCCUCUUCCUCUUUUCCUACAAGUUCUCGAGAAAUUCGAAUCGAGUCCCUGCCACAGAAGAGUAUCGAAGAAGUCGAUGACCAAUUAUGUGUGGAGGACGAGCCUAGCUGGAUGGAUCCUUUCCUGUUGUACCUAAAAGAAGAGAAGCUUCCCAAAGACGAUUCAGAAGCUCGGGAGCCACUGCUCAAGUGCAUCCGGCCCCGGGAAGCAGAUUAUAUCCUGAGAGAGAUUCAUGAAGGCAUAUGUGGAAGCCACAUCGGAGCCCGAACUCUCAGCCAAAAGGCUCUUCGACAGGGAUAUUACUGGCCAACGAUGGUAAAAGAUUCGGAACAACUAGUCAGAACUUGCGACCGAUGCCAGCGGACAUCUAACUUGGUCCAUAUACCGGCGGUCGCACUAGCUCACUUGGCUACGCCUUGCUCCUUCGCUCAAUGGGGUAUUGACAUCUUAGGACCUUUCCCUCCAGUGGCUGGUCAGGUUAAAUACAUCAUAGCUGUUAUUGAUUACUUCACAAAGUGGGUCGAAGCCGAGGCAGUAGCCUUUAUUACCGCUAGACGUGUAAAGAAAUUUCUAUGGAAGAAUGUGGUCUCUCGCUUUGGAAUUCCUCGGGUGCUAAUCUCCAAUAACGGCACUCAAUUCACUGAUCGAUCUGUCCAAGAAUGGUGUCAAGCAUUGGGAAUUAGGCAGUAG